GUAUACAACAUGUAAAUUAACUUAGACUUUCCUCAAGACAGAAGACUUUGAACAUUUUAUUAAACUUUACCGGACCUUGCAUUUUUUUUCCAGUAAAGCUGCUCUCAUUUAAAUUCAUGUAGCAAUAUUUUGGGAGAAGGAUAUGAUUCACAUCCAAUGUAAUUUUUAUUUUGCAAACUGUUAUAGGAACUCUUCAGUGUAAUGUAAGUUACUGCCAGACAUUUUUUUUUUGUGAAUGGACAGUGUAGCUUUAAGGGGCUGCUACAAGUCAUUUACUGAGCGCAACAGAAUGAUGUCAUAAGUUCCUCUCGCAAGCUUCCUUGCUUUUCCACAUACUAUAAACUUCAGAGUUGGAAUUUUUAUGGUACGGUAGCAUGGAAACAUAUGCUAAAGAUAUAAAACAUCAGCAGCUUUUCCAGAAGCUAUAGACAAAUUUGAAGCGACACAUUUGCUUCACAGCUAGACAUGAGGAGGCUAUUUUUUUUGUUCACUCUAACUGUGAGAGCAGCUGCUGGGUAUAAAUUUGGAUAUGAAGGAUCUGGAUAUUCGUAUGCUGAAAGCCAUGAUGUUGACUAUACAGUAAAAUAUACUGAAAGCAGUUAUGACAUGAAUUAUAAAGAACCAAGAUGGUGUCAUCCAUUGAGCAUAGAAAAUGGGAUCGCAGAAUGUUAUUCACCGAGAGGUCCAAACUAUAGGAGUACACUUGGAACCCGAUGUCACAUAUCUUGUGAUAGAGGAUACAGGCUCUUGGGUCGCAAGCAGGUUGAAUGUCGCGUGACCAGGCGCUGGUCAGGAAUCAGCAGAUGCAAAGAGGUACGUUGUUAUCUACUUCCUGUGUUUCCCUAUGGAUCAUAUGCAUGCUCAAAGGGGACACGCAUGGAUUCUCAGUGUGAGUACAUAUGUGAACAAGGAUACCAACUGGAAGGAGAUAGAAGGAGAGUGUGCCUGCAGAAUGGCCAUUGGAGUGGGACUGAACCUAUAUGCGUAGAUUACGAACCUCCCAGGAUAAAGUGCCCAGGGUCUCGUGAAAAGGUGGCGGAACCAGGGCAGCUGACGACUCGCAUAUACUGGGAUCCUCCACGGAUAAAGGAUGUGGUUGAUAAACACAGCACAAAAUUAAUUUUGAAGGGACCAGCCUCAGGUUCUGAGUUUGGAAAGGGUGAACAUGUCAUUCGUUAUGUGGCCUAUGACAGAGAAAGGAACAAAGCCACUUGCAAAUUCACUGUGACAGUUUUUGUUCGAAGAUGCCCUCUUUUGAACCCCCCUUCCAAUGGUUACAUCACUUGUACAUCUGAUGGCAAUAACUAUGGUGCAACCUGCACUCACACGUGUGAAGGAGGCUACGAACGUCAGGGUACCUUCAAAAGAGUGUGUCUCUUUAAUCGAAGCUGGUCAGGAAUGCCACCAUCUUGUGUACGAAUUCAGAUUAACGUUGAUGUGAAUUCAGUGGCUGCUCUCUUGGAUCAGUUUUUUGAAAUUCAGCGUCUCCUCAUCAUUUCCUCCCCAAGCCCAUCUGAUAGAUACUACAGGACGCAGAUGACCUAUCUUCAGGUGAAUGCUUCCUGUGGAUUUGAACAGUGGCAAAUAACAGUAAUAGAAUUGAUUGGAAAUCCACCAAAACUAGUGGGACGCAUAAAGGAGCAGCAGCUUUCUACAGAAAUGGCUGAUGAACUCAGACAAGUCUAUUAUUUAUCCGAUAGGCAUUUUGAUGUUGUCCUGAUUGACAAAUAUGGCACUGACAGGGAACGUUAUAUUCAACCUGUUACACCCAGUGAGCUGUUUUCAUUCAUUGAUGAAAACAUACUGCGGGCAGAUGAGAGGGCUGCCCGAAGGCAAAAGGAAGAUUUCUGUAGCUAAAGCUCAAACGUUAUAAUUUUUUUUCCAGUAGACAACAAAUGCAGAUGCUGGAAUCUUGAUUAAAAAGCACAAAGUGCUGGAGUAACUCAGUAGGUCAGGCGGCAUCUCUCGAGAACAUGCAUAGGUGACGUUAUGGAUCAGGACCCUUCCCUGGUCUGAAGAAGGGCCCCGAACAGAAAUGUUGCCCAUCUAGGUUCUGCAGGGAUGCUGCCUGACUCGUUGUGUUACUCAGGCUUUUUUUUCCUCAAUGUUUCUUCCAAUUUGCCUCAACGAACAAUGUGAUACCAGUUCAAUUUGCAGACAGAAGGUUUAUUCUUUCCUUAUCUUCCAAUGUAUUAAAUGUUGCCAUGAUCCUUUGAAAUCACACAUUUUCCCGCAGCUAAAAAUCUGAUUUUCUGUAAAAGCAUAGUUGACAUGUAUAAAGUUCAUUACAUGAAAAUGUAUACAAUUCUAGGAUAUUUUCUAAAUGGGGGAAAUGGAGAAUAUAUCUUAGUUCAUCAGGCUAGCUCUAUCUGGUGGACUGAAUAUAAUUUGCCUAAGAUGUUUCUUAAUUUAAUUUCCUGAGAUCUAUACAAAUCACCAUAAUUGAAACUUCAGAGAAAGCAUUACAAUUUCUAUGUGAUAGCUUAAUUACAGUAGCUUUUAAAGAUAAGCACCAGAAUAAUGAUUAUCAGUUUAGUUUUGUUUUAGUAUAAUGAUACAGCACGGAAACAGGCCCUGUGGCCUAUCGAGUCGGUGCCGACCGGCGAUCCCCACACACUAGAUUUAGUUCUUAGGGCUAAAGGAAUCAAGGGAUAUG